AUGAACACAUCCACAGUCACCUCCCCAGACACCCACAUAGACAUCAACUUCACCUCCGGCCACCAAAUCGUCUUACACGACGAUGAACCAAACCAGUCCAACGCUACUGUCCCCUUGCUCCUCCAGCCCUCCUAUGCCAGAUCGAAAUCCAUAAUGUCCGACGAGCUACACAAAUUCCGCAUAAGCCUCAGAUGGUGCGCCCUCGACCACUCCUCUUGUGUCGGAAAAUUCAUCUCCUACUUCACAUUCAUAUUCUUCGCCAUCCUCGUCCCCUUCGUAGCCUGCUUCUCUGCUCGAGUCCCCGCCUCCGCCGCCAUCAACGACCCCGUCUCUUUCAACAAGCUCGUCCAGUUUCCCGAGUCAGGCCUCGCCGCCAUAGCCUUCUUCGCACUCUCCGGGUUCUUCCGUAGGUUUGGGCUCCGCCAACUUCUAUUCCUGGAGGGGUUACAGGAAGAUUCUUUAUACGUACAGCGCAGUUACACGCGGGAGCUCGACAAGUCGUUUCGCUACCUUGCAUGCAUACUUCUACCGUCGUUUUUCGUGGAGCUCGCUCAUAAAAUCAUAUUCUUCACGACCGUGACGAUAUCCUUACCCUUUCUGAGCACGAGCGUGGCAUUGAACUCCAUUGUGUUUGUUUUUGUUCUGGCCUCGUGGGUUUACCGGACGGGGGUGUUCCUUCUGGUCUGUGUGCUGUUCCGGCUGACUUGCGAGCUUCAAAUUCUGAGGUUUGAGGGGCUUCAUAAGAUGUUCGAGGGGUGUGUGGCCGACAGCGGUGUCAUAUUUAAGGAACAUGUGAGGAUUAGGAAGCAGCUGUUGGCGACCAGCCACCGGUAUCGAUUGUUUAUAAUAGCGUGUAUGGUAACCAUCACUGUCAGCCAGUUCGUUGCUUUGUUGCUGGUUUUAUCAUCCAAGUAUGAGAAGACUUUCUUCAAUUCCGGUGACCUUGUGGUAUGCUCAGCUGUUCAACUUAGUGGAUUCUUGUUGUGCCUGCUUGGGGCUGCAAGAAUCACACAUAGAGCUCAAGGGAUUGUAUCUGUUGCAACUCGAUGGCAAAUGGUUGUGACUUGUGCAUCUUCCGCAUCAGACCAAUUAGAAUGCCAUACCCAUACGCCAGAGGCCGACUGUACCCUAAUAUCUAAAUGCGGUGACAAUAAUAAUAUUGAUUCUGUGUCGUCUUCCGACAUUCGCACUUCAAUUUCCCCACAAGACCCUUCCUUAUUCCAAACCAGGCAAGCUUUAGUAACAUACUUGCAACACAACACUGGGGGGAUCACGCUGUUUGGGUUCGCGCUUGAUCGUGGAUUGCUUCACACACUCUUCGCAUUUGAGUUCUCUUUGGUGCUGUGGAUACUAAGCAAAGUGGUUGUUUUGUCUUGAACAAAUUAUAUAUAUAGACCCAACAAAUACCCUCUGCAUGGAGUUUCUUCCCCUUCAAUAAAUUUUCAAUGAAAGGGAGCAAAUUUGAUG